AUGUUUGAGAAUCCAUACCUCUGCAGCGAUGAGUGCGACGCCUCCAACCCCGACCUGGCUCACCCCCCUCAGCUGAUGCAGGACCGCGAGCGCGGCGGCCUCAUCACCUAUUGGCAGACAGUCACAUGGUCCCGCUUCCCAGAGCCCCUAUUGGCCAACAUCUCGCUGUCCUGGAACAAGAGCCUGGAGCUGACAGACGACGUGGUGGUGACGUUCGAGUACGGCCGGCCCACCGUCAUGGUCCUGGACAAAUCCCUGGACAAGGGCCGGACGUGGCAGCCGUAUCAGUUCUACGCGGACGACUGCAUGGAAGCCUUCGGGAUGCCCUCCAAACGCGUCCAGGACCUCUCCGCCACCAACCUGACCCGGGUCAUCUGCACCGAGCAGUACUCGCGCUGGGUGGGCUCCAAGAACGAGAAGAACGUGCGCUUCGAGGUGCGGGCGCGCUUCUCCGUGUUCGCCGGGCCCAAGAUGAUGAACACGGACAGCCUGUACACGCGCAUGGAGACCAUGAAGGGCCUGAGGGACUUCUUCACCUUCACCAACCUCCGCCUGCGGCUGCUGAGGCCCGCUCUGGGGGGCACCUACGUCCAGAAAGACAACCUGCUCAAAUACUUCUACGCUAUCUCCAACAUUGAAGUACCGGCCAGGUGUAGGUGUAACCUGCACGCGGGCCAGUGCUCUGUGAGGGAGGGCUCUCUCCAGUGUGACUGUGAACACAACACCACAGGAGAGGACUGCUCCCGCUGCCAGAGGGGCUUCAAGGCCAAAUCCUGGAAACCAGGCUCCUACCUGCCCACGCCCAGCGGCACCCCCAACGCAUGUGAAACAGCUGGAACCCUAGGCAACUGCGAGUGCUACGGACACUCCAACCGCUGCAGCUACAUCGACUUCAUAAACGUGGUGACGUGCGUGAGCUGCAAACACAACACCAGAGGACAGAACUGUCAGUCCUGUCGCCUCGGCUACUUCAGGAACAUGUCGCUUGAGCUCGACGACGAGAACGUCUGCAUCGAAUGUAACUGUAACCAGCAGGGGUCUCUCCAUGCGCGCUGUAAUGAGUCGGGCUUCUGCGAGUGCAAAGACGGCACCACAGGGCAGAAGUGUGACAGCUGUACGGACGGAUACAGCUGGAUGGUGGGCUGUGUGGCCAACGUGUGCGACGACGACCUGUCGCCGUGCCAGAACGGGGGCACGUGCGUGGACAAGCGGAGGUGCGUGUGCUCCGAGGGCUACAAGGGGGUCCAGUGCCAAACGCUGAGCUGCGAGGGCAUGAGGGGCUGCAGGAGGGCCAACACAGCGUCCUCUUCCUCUUCAUCCCUGCCCCUCCUCAUCCUCGCCAGCCUGCUCGGCUCCGCCACGCUCAGAGCGGCCGUCUAGAGUCCACGCACUGGCCAAACUCCCAGAGGUGGAGCUCACCUGGUCGUGACUUUGAAGCCACCGAUGACCUCUACAUGACCCCUCUAGGCGACCUGGAACUGACAGUGCUGUUGCAUUCUGGGGGAUUGAGUUGCAAGGGCGUUGGAGAUCCUCUCUGUGUGUGUUGGGCAGGUCGGCUUGACAACUUGGCUUCUGUCUCUGUCUCGGAUUGGCUGGUCUGUCAGAAAUUGACGAAUCAUAGCCUAUGUCACAUACCUGAGGAGACUGGAGACGGACUUCGAUUAUGUGUGAAAAGUUGUUUUCUUGCUGUCAAUCAAGUUUGUUUCUCGAAUCACAGCUUAGUUAGUGGAAAUUCAACAUCAACUCCAGCAAAGUUCUUCUUCUGUUCUUUUGAAAUGAAGUUGUUUUCUGAUUCCCCGCGGAGACCAAGGAGUGUGUUUCUUUUGUCUGUUGGGGAAAUAAAAUACUUUCUCAAUUUACACAGGGUGAACAAUUUAAUUCAAGCCAAACUAAAAUGUCAUGUCAACAUUGUAAUGUAGGCCUAUAUAAAAAUUGGUUGAAUAUUUUUGGUAGAAAUUGUUAUUUUGUUCUAAGUAAACAUUAUCAGUCUGAUGGAUGUGAAGCAUAAUCAGUGUUUUGCCAUUUCAAACCCUCCACUGGAUUGGUUAUAAAAGAGCUGCUGUUGCCUUUCUUGGCUAUGGAAUAAAGA